UGGACAUGUUCAAACUUCCUCCAAAAUCCAAUUAGUUGCUGGAACUUCUGCUACAGAAUUUCCAAUUUGUGAACUCGGCAGAAUUCCCAUUGAAAUUAAUGGGAGGGUGCUGCGAGUCGAAAACAGUGUUGGUAUUCUGCGCAGAUUCUCCUUGGUGUGAACGAGGCCUAAAUCAGCUAUAAGCUGCAUAAUCUACAACAAUUUUUGGAGUAAAUCCAUCAUGAAACAGAUGGGCACGACCCUUCCACCUUUAAAAAACCUGCCGUGUGCAACGCAAAAGCAUUAAAAAGUAUCUAGCGAAGCCACCUUUAUAUUCACUCCAAAUGAUUUACAGUCUUCAUCGAAUAGAUAAAAUUAGAAGACUCAUGGUCUACUCUGAAGAUAAUCAUGGCUACUAAAAAUGGAAAGUCCCCAGUUCGGUGGAAGCUAGAUAAUGAGAAUUUUGAAGACAAGUAUGACAGAAGACUUGAAUUCCAUGAAACCUUGAGGAGCCGCCACAAUGCAACAUCUUGUCGCCAAGACACUUCUAACUGGGGCAAACAGGAAAGACUUUCUCCAAGGGAGCAGGAGUUUUUCAGGAGACGACAUCUUUGGACUGAUGGGUCAGGGGAUAAACAAGUAAGGUCUCCUCCUAGGUCACAGAAGUAUGAUACGCUCUCUACUCUGAAACAAAAUGUACCAAAAAGUCGGAGCAUAAAUGAAGAAGUGUCCACAAGUUGUCAGAUGUCUUGGCAGCAUAAUCGAUCUAAGACAUAUCCUUUUGACUGUAGAAUCACAAUAUCAGACCCCUGUUUGCAAUCUAUACAAAGUAAAACAAAAAAGAAUGAUGUAACCACAAGAGAAAGAGGUGCUCAAACAAUCCAGGAAAUGCCCGUGAUCUGUUUAAAGCGGGACUCCAGCCAGCAAACAGAUUGUGCCAUAGCUGUUUUGAAUGGGGAGUUACUUCAGCUUUCUGAAUACCUGAUGGAAGCCCUACAUAGGGAGCGGAAACUGAAAAAGAAACUUUGUGUCUUACAGGAGCUUCUUAGUGUGCUAGUACAAACCUCAGAGAAGUCAUGGAUGGCCCAGCUGAAUGAAGACCAUUUAAAGUGCAAGGUGGCAAAUCUCGAAAACCAGCUGUUCUUCUAUGCUCAGAGUUUUCCAAAAACAAGUGUGAAAAAACUUCUCUUGGAAAUGGAAGAAAACAAGAUGAUAUAUCAAGAAAAAGCCAAAGAAUCACUUCAGAAGUUAUCAGAUGAGAAAAUAGCUUCUGAGAAAAAGCUUCAGAAUGUUCAGAUGUCAUUAUCAGUGUCUUCAGAUGAGUGUGAGUUGUGGAAGGAAGAAUAUGAAAAGUUAAAAGAAGACUGGAUAGAACUGAGCAACCAACACUGUGAGCUAAAGAAUCAGAUGAACAUCCUUCACAGCAAACUGCAGUGGGUGGGAUCUCAGGAAGCACAGUGUCAGCAGCUUCACAAUCGUAUUCAAGGGCUGGAAAAAGAACAUAUUGAACUGCAAGCCUUAAAUGAGCAGCUUAAGGAAGAUAAUGGCCUCCAGAAGGAGCAGCUGAACUCUCUGCAAGUUAGACUGAGGAACUCCGAGGAGCAGAAACUUGAGAUGAAAAAGCAAAUUAAAAGAUUACAAAGUGACCUUAUAAUACUGGAACAGAGAAACAUAUCAAGCACAACAUUAGACCUCAGUAAGUCACUGGAGGAGAAGCUGCAAAAUAACCAACUCCAGGCAAAAUUACUGUCACAGGAGAACGAGUGUACAGGUCUUAAGGCUGAACUUGAUCUCAUCACUGAUGAAUAUCAGUCUUGUCAAAGAAAACUGAAGCAGUGUCGAGAAGAGCUAAAGGGAAUGUCCAGGAAAAGACCAAAGAGACGCUGCUGCUUCUUGAUGCCAGUGCUGAUGGUGAUAUUGGCUGUAGUGAUGGCGUUAUUCUUCUCCAACCACAUAGAUUAUACGUACUAAACAUUUCUUCUCUACCUCAAGUUUGAGUGACUGCAUUAGUUCAUUUUCAUGAAGUUUUUUUUUAAUUUUCUUUCUAUUUUUUUAAUUAUAUAAAUAUUUUAUUUUAGAAAGAAAUGUCUGGUGUUACCGUAAUUUGCAGUAUUUAUCUGUACCUUUUGUAAUGUGAACAGAGGUGUAGCUGCAACAUAAGUAAUAAAAGUACCUUAUGGAAGAUAGGUCAUUGCAGUAUUAUUGCUAAAGGAACCUCACCUUCACAAUAAUAGAAAUCUAUCAAAGACAAUUCGAAAGGGCUAAAAUUGAACAUAAAAAAUGUUUUAGGCUACACGCACUGUAUUUCCGUUUAGAAAAUCUGCAGCAUUUACAGUAGUAGCAAAGGUGAUAAGUUUUAAAGGAAAUGUUUAUUUUCUUUUGUUUGUCUUAAGAAAAGUAUGCAUAUUAAAAUAAUGUUAUGUUUAUUUAUAAGCUGUUCCAUUAUUUAUAAUAAAAGCCGGGGGGGCUACCAUGUCUAAUAGCACUUGAGUAGUGUCACUGGACUACACAGAUGCUUUAUGACAGACGUGCACAAGAGAUAAAGACGGCUCCCGACUAUCUCUUUGGCUGGUGCUGCACAUUUUAAUUGUGCAUGCUUAGUGGUAAGUGUAGUUCACAGGGAACUUACCUCUAUAUUAAUGGGGCAGAGGACUAUCAGUGUCAGCAAGAGGUCUCAGCCAGCGGUGGGGCUCAGAACAGGUGAUGACUGGCCAAAGGUGCUUUAAAGCUUAUAUUACCUACUACAUGAACAAAUUAGAGAUGAGCAAACUUACAGUGAUUCGAUUCGUCACAAACUUCUCGUCUCGGCAGUUGCUGACUUAAGCCUGCAUAAAUUAGUUCAGCUUUGCAGUAAAACUUUUUCCCAAUCC